UUCGAGAGCCGUGGAGCACCUGUGAGUUUGCGAGAGUCGUCCUGACCCUAGCCUGGCCCAGCCCGGCCCGAAAGCGCCCGGCCCCCGCCUUCGCUCGGCCCCCGCCUGGCGCGCCAUGGGCCCUUCGUGCUUCAGUCUCUCCGCCCUCCUGCUACUGCUGCAGAUUUCACCGUGGCUCUGCCAGGAGCCGGAGGAGCCCUGCCACCCGGGCUUCGGUGCCGAGAGCUACACGUUUACGGUGCCCCGGUGGCACCUAGAGCGAGGCCGCGUCCUGGGCAGAGUGAGUUUUGAGGGAUGCACAGGUCGACCACGAACAGUCUACUAUUCUACUGACUCCCGAUUCAAAGUGGGUACAGAUGGUGUCGUUGCAGUCAAACGGCCUCUACAGUUGCAUAAACCAGAGACCAGUUUUUCUGUCCAUGCCUGGGACUCCACCUUCAGAAAGUUUUCCACCAAAGUUACCCUGAAGGCAGAGGGACCCCGUCAUCAGCACCACAACCGUCACCAGCGCCGAGACAGCCUCCACCACCAGGACCAUGACCAGGACAAUUCCCCUGGAACACAGAUAGAGGUGAUCAAAUUUCCCGAUUUCCACCAUGGUCUCAGAAGGCAGAAGAGAGACUGGGUUAUCCCGCCCAUCAGCUGCUCAGAAAAUGAAAAAGGCCCAUUUCCUAAAAGGCUGGUUCAGAUCAAAUCCAACAGGGACAAAGAAACUAAGGUUUUCUACAGCAUCACUGGCCAAGGAGCUGACACACCCCCAGUUGGUGUGUUUAUUAUUGAAAGAGAAACAGGAUGGCUGAUGGUGACAGAGCCUCUGGAUAGAGAAAAAAUUGCCAAUUACACUCUCUUGUCUCACGCUGUGUCGUCGAAUGGGAACGCAGUCGAGGAUCCCAUGGAGAUUGUGAUCACGGUGACAGAUCAGAAUGACAACAGGCCUCAGUUCAUCAAGGAGGUCUUUGAGGGAUCUGUCAUGGAAGGUGCUCUUCCAGGAACAUCUGUGAUGCAGGUCUCAGCCACUGACGCAGAUGACCCUAACACCUACAAUGCCGAGAUCGCUUAUACCAUCCUCAGCCAGGAGCCCACACUGCCUCACAGCCAAAUGUUUACCAUCAACCGGAUCACAGGGGUCAUCAGUGUGGUCACCACCGGGCUGGACCGAGAGAGUUACCCCACGUAUACCCUGGAGGUUCAGGCUGCUGACCUUCAAGGCGAAGGCUUAAGCACAACAGCGAAGGCCGUGAUCACAGUGACUGACGUCAACGAUAAUCCUCCCAUCUUCAACCCAACCACGUACGAGGGUCAGGUGCCUGAGAACGAGGCCGAUGCGGUCAUCACUACGCUCCAAGUGACUGAUGAUGAUGCCCCCAAUACCCCGGCAUGGCAGGCCGUGUACACCGUCGUAAAUGAUCCUGACAAGCAGUUUAUUGUCGUCACAGACCCAAAAACCAACAACGGCAUUCUCAAAACAGCGAAGGGCUUGGAUUUUGAGGCCAAACAGCAAUACAUUCUACAUGUGACGGCAACAAAUGCGGUCCCCUUUGAAGUGAUUCUUCAGACCUCCACGGCCACUGUCACUGUAGAUGUGCUGGACAUCAAUGAAGCCCCCAUCUUUGUACCCCCUGAAAAAAGGGUAGAAGUACCAGAAGACUUUGGGGUGGGCUUGGAAAUCACAUCCUACACGGCUCGGGAGCCAGAUGCAUUUAUGGAACAGAAGAUUACGUAUCGGAUUUGGAGGGACACUGCCAACUGGUUGGAGAUUAAUCCGGACACUGGUGCCAUUUCCACUCGGGCUGAGCUGGACAGAGAGGCCUUUGAGCAUGUGAAGAACAGCACGUACACAGCCCUCAUCAUCGCCAUUGACAACGGUUCUCCAAUUGCCACUGGAACGGGAACCCUCCUCUUGUUCCUCUCCGACGUGAAUGACAACGCCCCUAUCCCAGAGCCCCGAAACAUGCACUUCUGCCAGAGGGAUCCGCAGCCUCACACCAUACACAUCAUCGAUCCAGAUCUGCCCCCCAACACCUCCCCCUUCACGGCCGAGCUCACACACGGGGCGAGUGUCAACUGGACCAUCGAGUACAGUGAUGCCACCCAAGAGUCUCUCAUCUUGAAGCCCAAGAAAACCAUGGAGGUGGGUGACUACAAAAUCAAUCUCAAGCUCAUUGAUAACCAGAACAAAGACCAGGUGACCACUCUGGAUGUCGGCGUGUGUGACUGUGAAGGGACUGUCAGCAAUUGUGUGAGGGCAAAUUACGCGGAGGCGGGGCUGCAGGUUCCUGCCAUCCUGGGGAUUCUCGGAGGAAUCCUUGCUUUGCUAAGAUUUUGACUUGAGCCAGUUGCACAGGGGCCUGGACGCUCGGCCUGAAGUGACGCGCAAUGACGUCGCACCGACCCUCAUGAGUGUGCCCCAGUAUCGUCCCCGCCCUGCCAACCCUGACGAAAUUGGGAAUUUUAUUGAUGAAAACCUAAAGGCGGCUGACAGUGACCCCACGGCGCCCCCUUACGACUCUCUGCUUGUGUUCGACUACGAAGGGAGUGGGUCCGAAGCUGCUAGCCUGAGCUCCCUGAACUCCUCCGAGUCAGACCAGGACCAGGACUAUGACUACCUGAACGAGUGGGGCAAUCGCUUCAAGAAGCUGGCGGACAUGUACGGAGGGGGCGAGGACGACUGAGGGGACUUGAGAGACUUGAGCAGUGCGAAAUGCAGAACGACGACGUUCCUGGUGAUUUCCAGCUCCUUCCCCUUGAGAUGAACUUCUGCGACCAAAACUGAUCCAUUAUGCAGUUCAGAUAGUUAUGGUUUCUCCUUCGUAUCUCUAUUUUGUGUGUGUUAGGAAGGUUUUGACUUAAUGAAAUCUUUUUCCCCCUCCUAUAAUCUGUAUAUAAUAAUAAGGUUCCAAAGCUCCUGGAAUUUUGAUAUUUCAAAGAACAAUUUCAGCCUCAGAAGUUUCUGCUAGCUGCCAGGCCUGGUGGCGCACACCUGUAAUCCCAGCACUCAGGAGGCUGAAGCGGGAGGAUCGCUGUGAGUUCAAGGC